AAACCGCAAUAGCUCGAUAAAAGUAAGCAUUUAAUGUAAUUAUUAACCUAAUUAUAAGUAAGACAAAUUCACGUACGCAUUAACAGAACAUUCGGUUUGCGCGUUAUCGAAAAUAAAUCGCUUUGAUGCCACCGUUUAUAAAAAAGAACGUGGUCUUGAAGCCCUACAGCAGCAGCAGCAGUAGCGAGAGCGAAGAGGACGAGGCCUUAGAGCAGGAGCCGAUAAUCUUCCGACCGCCGGUGGCGGAACAGCGACCAGUGACUUUGCGAACGCAAAACGUCCAGAUCGAUCUUAGCGACAAAUCGGAGGCUUCUCCGUGCGGAAGCAGGGAAAAUCUACCGCAAGAUGCGCCCGGUUUAUCGGCCAUGAAAGACGCUUCCACGAACACGGACAUAGACGUCGCUGUCGGUACUGACAAUUGCGAAGGGAGGGACGAUGAGAAUUGUUGAUUCGGAAAUGUUACAAAAAAGUGCCUGUUGUGUUUGUGAUAUUAUAAAAUUCCUCGGGAACUGCUCAGUAAAGUAAACUUGAAAGUUGUAUGUAUUUUAGAAGUCGUCGAGGACUCUUAUAUCGAAGAAAUACCGAAAUGCCGAAGGAACUUUUAAGUUCGAAAAAGAGUGUCGCUCAACCGGACAAUGGGGCAAAAAUUAUUAUAGAAAGUAUUUUACAGAAGCUGUCAUCCAAUCCAAAAACGCCUGUUCAAAGUUCAAAAAACGAUAAAACCGAUAAAAAACUAAACAAUGAUUUCAACCAGAAAUCACCUUAAUACAAUGUAAAAUCGUUGCGUGUACCUACAAUAGAAAUGUGAUUAUAACACAGUUGUUUUCUUCUAUUAAAUUUCACCAAAUUAAAAAAAAUUACAAAUGAA